AUGUCUAUCGUUUCAUUAUCAACGGGAGAGCCAACAGUCACCGCGGAAGAUUUGAAGAGUAUCAGUCAAGAUGCCGGCUUCUCCAUCCCGUCGGGAAACGUCAAUGAAACCGAAUUCCUGCUCUUCGCAAACAGCUUCGAUGCCGUCUGCGAAACCGUCCUCAACCUCCCGGAAUACCAUGAUCCGAGGUUGAAGCCGGCCACAGUCCAGGAAGGCGAGCGAAAGUAUGAGCGACCCAGCAAGAAGGACAACCCGCUCAACGCCUGGUCGCAUCGGACAUCGCUGACAUCAACCGAUGCCAACGUAUCAAAUGGUCCACUGGCUGGCAGAACGGUCGCGUUCAAGGACAACGUGAGCGUAGCGGGACUCCCGUUAACUCUAGGCGGACACCCAUCUCUCCUGAAAGGAGGGAAAUAUCCCAUCAGUCCUAUAGAUGCGACAGUCGUUGGGCGUGUUCUCGGUGCUGGGGGAUGCGUAAAGGGGACAGCGACAUGCGAGAACCUGUCCAUGUUUGCUUUGAGCUAUACUUCGGAUACGGGCGUGGUGCAUAAUGCGUGGAUGCCUGGUUACGCCACUGGCGGGAGCUCGAGCGGUUGCGGUGCGCUGUUGAGUAUUGGCGAUGUGGAGGAGGCGAGGAAAAGUGAUCAAGAUUCAAGGCAGUAUGCGCUUGGCGAAGGUGUAGAUCUGGCUAUCGGGGGAGAUCAAGGGGGCUCCAUCCGCUUGCCAGCGGCCUACUCUGGCAUAUACGGCUUGAAGGCGACGCAUGGACUGAUACCUUAUACUGGUAUUGCCAGCUUGAAUCCUCUGAUCGACCAUGUAGGGCCCAUGGCACGGACGGUAGACGACACCGCUUUAUUACUUUCGGUACUGGCUGGUUACGAUGGCAUAGAUUGCCGACCGACGCCAGAAUGCCCGAUGCCAUCUCAAGUCCCCCAAUACCACAACGACCUCCAAACCUGGAUCGGUCAAAAGAAAGACGCAGGCGAAUGGAACUCAACAUCAGCAGCCAAAGGCCUCCGCAUCGGCAUCCUCACAGAAUCAUUCUCCGUCGCCGGACUAGACCCCAGCAUAUCAUCCACAGUCAGAACAGCAGCCGAACGCUUCGAAGCCCUCGGGGCCGACGUCAAAGAAAUCUCCAUCCCACUCCACAAGCAUGGCGCCUCCAUCUGGACCGUGGCCGCGCGCCCUGCAAUGCCGUCAGGCGUCGCCAACAACCCCCCUGACACCCUCUCCUUCCCUAUGCCGCAUCUGGAUCCUGAGCCAGUAGGACAGCACUAUUUCACCACUCUCUCCAACCGCAAUCCAGCGGCUGUCAACGUGCUGAUGAACGCUGCGCAUCAGCAGCAGAGAUAUGGGCCUGCGCUGCACAGGAAAGCUUACAUGCACGUCUACGAGCUACGCGCGGCCUACGACAAAGCGCUAGAGGACGUAGAUGUCCUCCUCACACCUCUCAAUCCGACAGUCGGACCAAAACACCCAUCCGGAUCGAUCAAGACAGAGCAGAAUCCUAAAGGUCUCAGCGAGCGGAUGAUGGAUCUCUUCGAACCCGCCAUCGGGAACACGCUCAACACGUCGCCGUUCAACGUUACCGGACAUCCUGCUAUGAGUAUGCCGGUGGGCUGGGGACAGGUGAAGGAUGGGGAGGGGAGGCUCCCUGUGGGUAUGCAGGUUGUUGCUAAGCGCUGGGAUGAGGCGAGUAUCUUUAUGGCAGCGAAGGCGUGGGAGAUGGGUGUCUCGUGGACGGGGUCUUAG